ACAUGGACAAGCGUAGUGUGGGUUAAACUGCAUGGUUCAAAGCCCAACUGCAAGUUUUAAUAUUUUUCUAAGAUUAGAUUUUGUGUUCUUUCAUUUCUCCACAAUAUUAGUCGGAAGAUAUUUGACCAAAACAACGUUUAAGACAGACAUGUCGUAGCAUUUUCACACGGCGUGAGUGUCACGUACCAAUCAACAACCUACAAACUCCAACGUUGUCGUGAGCUAUGAGCAAGGUCAACCAUGAAUCCCCCUGUUUUGCUUUUCUGGUUUCCUUACCCUUUUUACCGUUCCUUUGCACUCUUAACACACACACACUGAUUUGAUUUGAUUUGAUUAAAAAACAACAAUGGCUUCUUUUCGUUUCGUUUCCUUAUGAUUCCGUUUGAGGAAGAGGAAAAGGAAAGGUGGGGAAGAGAGAGUGGGAGAGUUAGCUGGCUGUCUCGUAUCCCAUGUUUCUUACCAACAACAUUAACCCCAAAAUUAACAACAGAGACAUAACCAAAAAUUCAAACUUUAAAAAAAAAAAAAAAGACCCACUAAUAGGCAAAAGUUGUUGUUUUUGAUCAGUUAUAUUCAUCCAUUUUAAGGAUUUCCUUCUUUGUCUCUCCUUCUAUCAUCUCUCUUUCUUCUUUUUGUUUUCCAAUCCUUUCUUCAUUUCCACUCUUAACUGAAAACAGAGUGGUGGUUUUCCCUCUUAUCUCAUGUGGGAUUCUUUUGAAGUUUAGAUUUGUGAGGGGUUUCUACAUGAAAAUCAUGUGACGUUAGAAGAUUUUCAAAUUGUGGGAUCAUCGAAAAUUUACGUUCUCUCUCUCUCUCUCUCUCUCUCUCUCUCUCUCUCUCUCUCUCUUUCUUCUUUCAUUUUCAGUGUAAUUGAUGAGAUUAUAUUAUUGCAUGAGAAAAAGAGUAUUGUGGGGGAAAUAGGGAUUGUUUGAUGGGAAACACAUGCCGAGGAUCCGGCCAACUCCAUCAGGGCUUCAGUGAGCCCGAGGAACGUUCUUCCAAGCAGAGCUACGCUUCUUCAGACCAUUCCACCUCUGAUUAUUCCCGUUCCGGCUUAAAUGAUCAACAACUUGCUCCCCAAGUUAUCCCCAAACCGACCACAAAAGAUGCCAAUUUUGUUACCACUGUCCCCCCCAAGAAAGAGAACUCCAUGAAGCGUGGCUUUGAUCACCAUGUUUGUCAUGUUCUGGGUCAUAAGACCCCCAACAUCCGCGACCUAUACACCAUCGGUCGCAAGUUAGGACAAGGUCAGUUCGGGACUACUUACUUAUGCACUGAGAUUUCGACCAGCUUCGAGUAUGCCUGCAAGUCCAUAUGCAAAAGGAAGUUGCUUUCAAAGGAGGACGUGGAGGAUGUUAGGAGGGAGAUUCAAAUAAUGCACCAUUUGGCUGGCCACAAGAAUAUUGUCACCAUCAAAGGUGCAUAUGAGGACACUUUAUAUGUGCAUAUUGUGAUGGAGCUUUGCUCUGGAGGUGAAUUGUUUGAUCGAAUCAUCGAAAGAGGGCACUACACCGAGAGGAAGGCGGCUGCGCUGACAAAGAUCAUUGUUGGGGUUGUCGAGGCAUGCCAUUCACUCGGGGUUAUGCAUCGCGAUUUAAAGCCUGAGAAUUUCUUGUUAGUUAACAAGGAUGAUGAUUUCUCGCUCAAGGCCAUUGAUUUUGGACUAUCAGUGUUCUUUAAACCUGACCAAAUUUUUACUGAUGUCGUUGGAAGCCCGUAUUAUGUUGCCCCAGAAGUACUCCUCAAGCAUUACGGACCAGAAGCGGAUGUAUGGACUGCAGGAGUUAUACUCUAUAUAUUGCUAAGUGGCGUCCCACCAUUUUGGGCCGAAACACAACAAGGAAUAUUUGAUGCCGUGUUAAAAGGAGAUAUUGACUUCUAUUCAGACCCAUGGCCGGUAAUAUCUGAUAGCGCAAAGGACUUAAUACGGAAGAUGUUAUGCUCUCAACCUUCAGAACGGCUAACUGCUCAUGAAGUAGUAUGUCAUCCAUGGAUUUCCCAAAACGGGGUUGCCCCAGAUAGGGCACUGGAUCCUGCCGUACUUUCUCGACUCAAGCAAUUCUCGGCAAUGAACAAACUAAAGAAGAUGGCUUUACGGGUAAUAGCUGAAAGUCUAUCCGAGGAGGAGAUUGCCGGUUUGAGAGAAAUGUUUACAGCUAUGGAUACUGAUAACAGUGGAGCAAUCACAUUUGAUGAACUCAAAGCUGGUUUACGAAGAUAUGGCUCUACCUUGAAGGAUACUGAAAUCCGAGACCUUAUGAAUGCAGCUGAUGUCGACAAUAGUGGGAGCAUCGAUUACGGGGAGUUCAUAGCUGCAACGGUUCACCUUAAUAAACUAGAGCGUGAAGAACAUCUUGUUGCGGCGUUCAAAUACUUUGAUAAGGACAACAGUGGCUACAUUACGGUCGAUGAACUUCAGCAAGCCUGUGCCGAGCAUAACAUAACAGAUGUUUUGCUGGAGGAUAUAAUCAGAGAAGUUGAUCAAGAUAAUGACGGAAGAAUCGACUAUGGCGAAUUCGUAGCCAUGAUGCAAAAAGGCAAUUCAGGAAUCGGAAGACGAACCAUGCGGAACAGUCUAAAUUUGAGCAUGAGAGAUCCAGUAGGUGCUCAAUAAUUUUGUCAAACUCCAUUUUAUUCCCCACCUUGAAUAUUUAUGUUUGACCCUCGCUAAAUUAUAUCAAAUUUCAUUUUAGCCCCCACAUUAAAUAUCUAAAGUUAUUCUAAUUUCUUUUGGCUCCCAAAGUUGUUUAAUUUGACUUCCUUUUAUAGGAUUUGUAAUCUUAUAUGAUAAAGUUAUUAAUAAUGUUAGUUUAAAUCUCA